AUGCCUCCACCUCCUCCUCCUCCAGCUGCUGCACCUCAACCUGUCCCAACAGGUGCAGUUCAUCCAGAUUUGCAUGUGGCUCCAUCUGCCCCAUACGCGAGAUAUACAGUGGAGGAUUUGCUUGCCCAGACUGGACGAGAGGGCUUGGAUGUUCUAGAUCCUGAUAGACCGCCGUUUGGAGCCAACAAUCGUGUUGGCCGGAGCGUGUCGGAAACGAUCAAGGGCUACUAUGACGGAGCCUACCCGAAUUGGAGUAAGACUCCAGACCACCAAAGGUGGCACUGGUCCUUGGGAAUCCCCGAGAGGGUGAAGAGGGAAUUCGUUGCAAAGGCAAAGACCCGCCUUUGCAACACUGUCUCCGAUUGGAAGGACAAGUGGGAGAUCUACGGUUAUGACGGAAAGCCCACCGAGCUCAUGAAGGAUGUAUGCGAUGAUCUCAUCGCCUUUUGGAAGCUACCCUCUUCGAUCCGUAAGGCCAACUCUUUCUCCGCUUCCCAAAGAACGAAGGACAAAGAUGGUCAUUUCCCCAUGGUUCACAGAACCGGACAAAAGGCUCACGCCGGAAUCCGUCUAGAAGCUUAUGAGAAGACGAGAGUCUUACCAUCUCUGUCUGAUCUAUUCAAGAUGACCCACGCCAGAUCAGACGGGAUUUUUGUAGAUCCGACAUCCGAGAAACUCUUCAACGCAGUGGCUUUUCGGUCUGAAGAGCGCGAGACGCAAUUAAUCCAGCAGUCUCCCGAUGGAUUACCCGUGGCUCCUAGAAAGAAGGGACGAACAGUGGGAAUAAGUUCUGUUAACCCGACUAUGCAGAGAACAUUAAAUGAGAGACGAGCAGCUCUCGGGAUGCCAAUACUGAAUCCCGAAGAUGCCGAUCCAGACCAUUCUCAACCGAGCACCGCCACCGACUACUUCGAUUAUAUGUAG